CUAGGCUCGAUGGGCUAGGCUUGCCAUAAUCCGGAAAUACGUACAGCUGUUUCAUUGGUUAGCUCAAGGGGUGUCCAGCGUUGAUUCACAUGUGUACAACCGGUUCGGAGCUUCCUCGCCUAGGCCUAGCUAGCGCUAAGCUGCACCGCACUGAUACGUAUACGUGUGUGCUAUAUUGUAAGGUCUUUUACGAGUAAAAACUGAAGGGCUACCGCAACGAUGGCGCCGUCUUUGACAGAUAUUCUUUGCAGUGUUCUAACUGUGUUUUGUAUAUUUUCAACAGAAAAUAGCAGAUCAUGGACAGAAGCAGUACAAAUGGACUACGAGUAUGUGACGUGCGGAUCAACAGUAAAACUUAUCAACCAAAAAUAUAACGUUAGAUUACAUUCACAUGAUAUACACUAUGGUUCAGGGAGUGGUCAACAAUCUGUUACAGCCGUCGAUUCAACUACAGAUAAAAAUAGCUAUUGGCAAAUCAAAGGCAAACUUGAUAAGAACUGCAUAAGAGGAGCACCAGUUAAAUGCGGAAGUACAAUAAGGCUUCAACAUGUAGCAACCAAACGCAAUCUUCACAGUCAUAAUUUCCAGUCGCCUCUCUCAUCAAACCAGGAAGUGAGCUGUUUUGGGGAAGAUGGGCAUGGUGAUGAAGGUGACAACUGGGCAGUAAUAUGUUCAACAACAAACUGGAAGAGGAAUGAACCAGUGAGAUUCAAGCAUGUAGCAACAGAAAAUUACCUGAGUAUGUCCGGCCAGACCUACGGGAGACCUAUCCACGGUCAGAGGGAAGUGUGUGGUCUAUCGUCCCUGAGCACUGCUAACCAGUGGAGAGCGGUGGAAGGCAUCUUCGUGAAGCCCUCAGAAGGGUCCACAGUGAGCUAAUGAUAGUCUGUGUUAUAAUGGAUUCCAUCAUCAGAUUGUCAUCGUUCUAAUAUUGUUCGGAUUAACGUCUGUGUUCUGUUGGUGAACAAAUAAUUAUACAUUUAUCGUUUAUUCAGUGCUAAAAGAGCAUUAACUCUGUGUUAAAGUAUAUGAUUUAAUGGCCUUCUGGCUCCAAACAGACGAUAUGUGCUCAUAUUAAAGAGUUUAAUCAAACCUCUCUAUGAAGGCCAUCUAUGGGAUACACAAAAUGGCCUUUCUAGACAGGUUCUACAACAAGAAGUUUUUCUUAAGAGGAUAAUUAUUGUAAAUGACCACUCUAGAAAGAUGGCAAUUGUAAAGAAAAUACCACUGUACACAGAUGACCAUUACACACAGAUAACUUUUAUACAGAGGUGGCCACUUAGACAGGUUUUAAUUCACUUUCUAUUUGUGGCGAUGGGAAUAUGUUUGGUGUACAGCAGCUGUCCAAUACUGAUGCUGCUUGUGCAAAGUUCUUUCCCCUUUUUUUACAAUUUAUUAUUUAGCUUUUGUUGUAUUGGUAUCGUCAUCCAUGGUAGGAGAUAUAACACACAAUUAGUUUAGUUUUUUUUUUGGGGGGGGGCGGCAGGGAAUGUGAAGUUUUUAAAAUUCUGUUCAGCUCUUUUUGAAUCCUUGUCUAUUUAUUAAGUCCUAGCUCAUUUGGGUUAAAACGGGAUAUUAGAGCUGUUCAGAUCCAAGAGGGUCAUUAACUCUGAUAUAUAUAUGAGUAAACACCAUUCUUGGGCCAAACAGACGAUAUGUUGUCUGAAGUCAUUCAUACCAGACCUUCAACAUUCCUGAUUCCUCUUUCAUGAAUAUUUCCAGUCAUUGUUUUUCACCAAUUAAUUAAAGAUCAAAGGAAGAUAUUCUUACCUUAGAAUUCCAUUCAUGCCUAAGUUUUAGCCUAAAUGUUGUAUUAGUACUUAUAGCUCAUUAGCACAAGGUCUUCUGAUCCCCAUUCCUUAAAGAAUAGCUAUAACAUUAUACUCUUAUCACAUUACCUAAAAGUGUAUAGAGAGAAAGACUAUUUGACAAUUUUCUUUUCAUUCGACCUGAAAUUUUUUGAAAGCUUUAUGUCUUUGUUAGCCUUUUGUCAUAUUUGUUUGUUUUAUUCAAUUUAAAAAUUAAACCAAGUUGCAAACUGUUCCAAGUAUAUAUUUAUGGUUUCACGUGGCUAAGUUUCAGGUUAAGAUACUUAAUGAAUAAAACACUGCUCUCUUACAAGGGCUAACUUUGACAAAAAUGUGCCAAAGGUUUCUGGUCUGUAUAGAUUCCGUACCUCACCACUUACACUCUCCCAAUAUAAUGGUAGCACUGGAAAAUAAAGAGUUUUGUAAGAAAAAAUAUGCUUUCUUCCCUUCUAAUCCCACCUGUCACAAACCUCGUCAAACUUUUGUCUCUGCUUUGGAGUCGGUCAUUGUUAUUGUUGCAAUUUAAAGGAACAAACUUGAUUCUUAAGCCGAGUGUACAUGGAAGUUAUUUUCACAUCUUAAUGUAUUUUGAUAUAUCCAGUUAACACUUUGUUCAUGAUUACUUCACUACUGAAUUUUAGCGUUUGAAAUUUCACAACGUUUUUUCUGGUCUAGAGGGAGUGUACAUAAUUAUGCAGUAUUGAUAUAUCUUGCAUUGAGAGCAAGGAGAACGUUAAAUUUACUCCACAUGUGUUAUCUCUAAGUUAACGCUCUUUUAGCUCUGAACAGAUGAUAUCGUGUUAGCACAAUAAUCUGAACUCUGGUGCUUCAGUGUUAGGUGGUUGUCAAAUCAAAUGUGAGAGUUCUGGCAUUGGUCUCAAGUGUGUUGAAUGUAUUUAUACGAGCGUGGAUAGUGUUUUCAUUUUGAAGAGAGAGGGGUUACUGCACUUCUAAUAUUUUCAAUAUCUGUUGAAAUGCAAUCUUUUCAGUUUAUUGCAAUAGAAGGAUGUCAAAUUCACAACAAACUGUAAUCACACACUAAUACAGUUAUAUGUACACACUCACUUGUGCAUUAUGUAUUACUUCUACUUCACAAAGUAGUUCCAUAGAAUGUGAAAGUCAUAAGAGAUUAAACUCUGUCACAUUUUCUGGUAAGGAAAUGGAAUUUUAUUCAGACAACACCCUGUUGUGUACUCAGAUUUUACUGUAGAUUUAAUGAUUAUAUCUAUAUCAUUUUAAAAAUCAUUAUUUGUUGUGAUUUGUCAAAUAUGUUAAGCUGUUCUGUCUCUACAUGUUUCUCAACAAUUCAACCGUUUCUAUUCUUGUCUAUUUUCACAAUAUUACUCUUCACCACUCAGUAAUAAAUGUAUUAACUGUUAAUGUCUAUUAUUUGUCUAUUGGUGUAUGAAGAGUAAAGUCCACAUGGUCUUCCUGUACUCACAAAAAUAAAAUGUUUUAAAGAUUAAAAUUCAAGUCAGAUUUACAUAGUAAGAGCAUUUUGCUUUAUUUAUUUAUGCAUAAGCUGAGUGAUAUCAUGAUAUUUUAGUGUUUGGUAAAUUAACUUUGAUAGGCAGAUUAAAAGAAUACAACGUAUGGAAUACAGGAAAGACCAUGUGGAACUUUUAAAAGAUGUAAAGGAAAUCUAGUUCAAAGAAAGUCACUUUAUUUGUUCAGCCGUAUGUCGACGUGAUAUUACACUGUUUUUCCACAGAUUUCUACAAGAAAGUGUUUUGAGAUGUUCUUUGGAAUCAGUUGUGAUGGGUUUUCUUGUAUGUAUAACCGGUAUUGUAAAGACGAAAUAGGUUUAGGACAAAGCGGUGUAAUACGCUUUGUUGUAAAUGAGAAUUGUUUGGAUUAUAUGACGGACAAAUGGGCUGUCCUGAAACUAGUGUUUGAAAGAAAAAGGUGAUGUGGUUAUUUGGUCGUUAAUGUGCCUUCGAUGUGAUGAUUUUUUUUUCUUCUUCAUAUUCCAAUGACUUUUAUUAUUGCAAUUAUAAUUUCAUUAAAUCAGUUACACAUCACAUGAUAAA